GUUUGACCGUCCAGUAGCCAAAGAAGGGCGUUCGUUUCCCAUGCCCUAACAAGACCCCCAUCAUUAGAGAGAGAGAGGAGGGAGAGGAGGGGGAUCUUUGCUGGCAUGGCGAUCCUCUACGCGGUGGUCGCGAGGGGAACGUCGGUGCUCGCGGAGUUCGCCGCCGUGACCGGCAACGUCCACGCCGUCGCACGCCGGAUCCUCGAGAAGCUGCCGCCGGACUCCGAUUCCAGGCUUUGCUUCUCCCAGGAUCGCUACAUCUUCCACGUCCUAAGAUCUGAUGGGAUCACCUUCCUCUGCAUGGCCAACGACACCUUCGGGAGGAGGGUUCCUUUUCUAUAUUUGGAGGACAUUCACAUGAGAUUCAUGAAAAAUUAUGGGAGAGUUGCUCAUUCUGCACUAGCUUAUGCAAUGAAUGAUGAGUUCUCUAGAGUUCUACAUCAGCAGAUGGAAUUCUUCUCAAGCAACCCAAGUGCAGAUACACUUAACCGUGUGCGUGGUGAAGUUAGUGAGAUACACACUAUCAUGGUGGACAAUGUUGAAAAGAUAUUGGACAGAGGUGAUCGUAUUGCACUUCUUGUUGAUAAAACUGCUACGAUGCAAGACAGUGCUUUUCAUUUUAGAAAGCAGUCCAGGCGCCUUCGUCGAGCUCUCUGGAUGAAAAAUGCGAAGCUUUUAGCCGUGUUGACACUAGCGAUUGUGCUGCUGCUCUAUGUGAUAAUAGCAGCUUGCUGUGGCGGCAUCACUCUCCCAUCAUGUAGAUCAAGAUAAGUUGUUAUUAUACUUGAGGUGGAGCAUGUUGCUUGCGGAAAUUUUAGGAGUCAGAUAUGUGGGUUUCCCAAUUUGUAUUGAUGUCGUGAUUAUGUGGUAUGCGCUUUGAAUAGUAUUAACACCCUGGUGUUUAUUAUAUAUGUGGGUUAUAAUCUGUUUUCUC